AAGAUCUCACAUCACUCUGCAACAACACUAACGUGCCCAAAAAUGCUCUCAAGAUCAAUAGCAAUUACUCGGGCAUUCCGGCCCGCAGCCAAUACCGCAAACCUGCGAAUACGUUCGGUCAAUCGAAUAAAUUUACCUCCACUAAUCGGGUUAAAUAGUUUUCUUAGAGGCUCUCCCGUUUCUACAAUAAGAGGAUAUGCUACUGCUAGGGGUGGCGGCGGGCCUCAAGGUCCAUUUCCUCCGGGUGGAACACAUAGUAUGGAUCUCGGGGGCAGUGGGGAAGAGGAAUCUGCAUUGGGAAAAUUUGGCACAGAUUUGACCGCCCGUGCUAGAGAUGGGAAGCUAGACCCUGUAAUUGGUCGUAACGAAGAGAUCCGCAGGACCAUCCAGGUAUUGUCAAGGCGGACGAAAAACAACCCCGUCCUCAUUGGCUCGGCAGGAACUGGAAAGACAGCAAUUCUAGAAGGUCUUGCACAGCGGAUUGUCAGUGGCGAAGUGCCAGAAAGUAUGAAGGAUAAGAGAGUUGUAAGCUUAGAUUUGGGACAGCUGAUUGCAGGGGCUAAGUACAGAGGUGAUUUCGAAGAAAGAUUUAAGGGCGUCUUGAAAGAAGUUUCUGGAGCUCAAGGGAAGGUUAUCCUUUUCAUUGACGAACUUCACACACUACUUGGCCUGGGAAAGACGGAGGGUUCGGUCGAUGCAUCCAACCUUCUCAAGCCUCAGUUGAGCCGUGGAGAGCUUCAGUGUUGUGGAGCUACUACUUUAAAUGAAUAUCGCCAAAUCGAGAAGGAUGUGGCUUUAGCUCGGAGAUUUCAGCCCAUCCUGGUUGACGAACCCAGUGUUCAGGAUACCAUCAGUAUACUUCGAGGGAUCAAAGAUAGGUAUGAAGUACAUCACGGUGUCCGGAUUACCGAUAACGCCCUUGUCUCUGCAGCUAUACUGUCGAACCGCUACAUUACCGAUCGUUUCCUACCUGACAAAGCCAUCGAUCUAGUCGAUGAGGCUGCUUCGGCAUUAAGGCUUCAGCAGGAGUCACAGAAGGCCAACCUCCAGAAGAUCAAAACUACGAAGGAGGAGUUAGAGCAAGCGAGGGUUGUUUCUAAAGCCACGGGCAUUCCCACCACUAAACUUAUGUCUGGGGAAGUUGAGAAACUGGUUCAUCUUGAGGAUACUCUUCGGCAGUCAGUUCGUGGGCAAGACGAUGCUCUCAAGUCAGUUGCUGAUGCCGUCAGGCUCCAGCGUGCCGGAUUAGCCAACGAUCACCGCCCCACUGCCAGUUUCAUGUUUCUAGGACCCACGGGUGUUGGAAAGACAGAAUUAUGCAAAGCAUUGGCUACGACCUUAUUCGCAAGCGAGAAUGCAGUUAUUCGAUUCGAUAUGAGCGAGUUUCAGGAAAAACACACUAUCAGUCGGCUGAUUGGAAGCCCAGCUGGCUAUGUCGGUUACGAAGAUGCGGGACAGUUAACAGAGGCCGUCAGAAGGAAACCGUAUGCGGUUCUCUUAUUCGAUGAAUUUGAAAAGGCCCAUAAAGACCUCUCCUCGUUGCUCCUUCAGGUCCUUGAUGAAGGCUUCCUAACAGAUGCUCAUGGUCGGAAGGUCGAUUUCCGUUCCACAAUCAUAGUUCUCACGUCCAACAUCGGUCAAGACAUCCUUAUCAAUGACCCAUCCUCAGACGUCGCAAUAUCGCCAGCUAUCAAGCAACAGGUCAUAGAUAUUGUACAGCAUUCCUACCCACCAGAAUUCCUCAACAGGAUCGACGAAUUUAUAAUUUUCCAGAGACUCUCGAAGGAUGCUAUUCGAGAUAUUGUUGAUAUUCGAUUGAGGGAAUUGCAGGAAAAGCUUGACGAUCGUCGGAUUAAACUCGACGUAGAUGCCAAAGCAAAGGAUUGGCUCAGUGAGAAGGGAUAUGACACUCGAUACGGCGCAAGACCAUUGAACCGCCUUAUUGGCAAGAAAUUAUUGAAUCCAUUGGCAGAGAGAUUGAUUCGUGGAGAAAUAAGGAAUAGUGAAGUAGCUAGGACUAGGGUCGCACAGGAAGGAACAGAAUUGGAAGUUCUCCCAAACCAUCAGCCCUCCACUAGCUCCAAUCAGAGGUAAACAUUGGAUCCUUUAGAGGAUUAACUUAAUGGGCUGUGACCAGCUUGGGUUUUUGGAGAAUCUGGUUUGAUGCAUAAUAUACGUAUGGCGUUUUGUGAUCUCCACUCAUUUCCCUCGGUUUGGUGUUUCUUGUCUCUUAAAUCACGGCCUUGUAUGUAGUAUGAGGAUUUACUUUAAUGGAUAGGCUCAUCAUGCCGUGUUUGUGCGAUUGCACCA